AUGGCAAUCGUUUCCGUCGAAGAACGCAUAGUGUUUGUGGGUCUGGCACGCGUGACCGAUGGCGCGUUGCUAGCAAGCAUCUUCGUGGACUCGAAGAUGGCGUCGCAGGAAAAUUAAGGCUAGUUUUUCACUCGAAAUAACCGAGUUACUGACUGAAAUAUGAGAGUCUUGACUACAUUCGUUCCUCUUCUUUCAGUAUCUCCCUUAAUAUUUUCAGUAGUUGCUCGCUCAUUUCAGUUUAUCGAAUAGACUAACUAUGCUGAGAGGUGGGUUUAGUACAGGGAAAACCGAGGCGAAAAAGGGCGCCUCAAUCAACCUAAACCGUAGUGAAAAACUAGCGCUAAGAGACACAGCAGUUCGAACGGCAAUUCCUGCAGGCAUGCCAGGCCCAAAGGGGAAUCACGAAUCCGGAUUUUAGGACAAGGACAACUUUAGAGUACUCUUUUUAUUUAGGCUUGAAUCUACAGAAGUUGAAAUGUUCCUGUAUACGGCUUGAAGAUGAAUCACCAGCAUGGUCAAACCUUUACCCCUCGGUCAACUGCAGCUACUUCACGUCUACCCAGUUUUAUAUGUCAUGUAAGUAGUGCUAGUGUCGUGUAUCUUGUUUUUGUUGCCUUUCUAUGAUCAUGAUUUUCCUCAAAAAUAAUCGAUCUUGCACAUUUCAAAAAUAGGUAUCCAUGUCAGGGAAAUAUGUUUGUCAUGGCUGGACGCGACUUGUCAUCACACUGCCUUUACUCAAUCGGCAUAAGAGAUUCGGCGUAUCCCGAAAGGUUAGCUUAUGCAUGCUUGGGCGAGGUGCUAGAGCGAGUACACAUGACACAGGUACUAGUACUUGACGUUGUAUUUUACGACCAUAGUGCAUUGACGAAUGGUCAGAUGGAAACAAAUGGAUAACAGGACCUGGCAAUGCGCCACCUAAAAGUCGGAUGUCCUGUCGUUAUUUCGAGUUUGAUGCAUCUGAGUGUUCCAUUUUUUGCCUAACACACAUUACCCUCAGGGAGACUCGCUACAUCAUUUGAGCAGUCUUUCGCUCACAAAACCGCUGAAGAAGCCAAUACGGGAGAUAAUAAAACGAUAUCAGCUAGCUGACCGAGACAAAACGUUUGAAGUCCAGGUAGCGCAUACUAAUUAUGUACUUAUGUAGUCUCAGUAGCACGUGGAUUCGUCUGUGUUUUUGCAACUUGAUAAUUGCAGUUGAAAAUCAUUCAAGCUACUUUCAUAUGCAAAAUCUCCAGUGUCACUCUUUAUUCGUUGACAUCCGGCGAUUCCUGAUGAUUAAACUCUCAGGGGAAAGUGGAGGAGCUAAAGGAAAAUAUGCAAGACAAUGUGAGGCGGAUAUUAGAAACCCACCAUAACUUGGAAAAUUUAGAGCAGCGAACGGACAACAUGUCUCGCCAGGCGGAUCAAUUUCUCAAGCAGGUACUAUUGUCUAAGUAUCAGUUUUAGGUGGCCACGUACUAGUGUCUAAGUAUCAAUCUGUCACGAGAAAGGACUUGUCUUGUACUACUUGUACUUGUUCUUCGUUCAUAAAAAUACUACAGUCCGUCGAUUUGCGGAGGGCGAUUCAGUGGAGAAAUAUGAAAUUGAAGAUGAUAAUGGCUGGCAUGGCAGGCGCAUUCCUGUUGUACAUCGUUGCCAUGGUUGCAGGGUAGUUGAGGUCGUGAUAAGAGCUGUUCCACGACCUCCUCUUUCGCGGGCGCUCCUGCGACGCACAAGGCUAGGCUCUGCCUGCACGUCGCAACUCGCAAGCAAGCAGCCAUUGGGGACACAUCGCAACUUCUUCUUGACGACUGACUUCUUUUUCAACCGAGUGCUAUAGAUUCCUGUACACAGAAAGAAACAUACACUAGUGUGUUGACUGAAUUUUUGCGCAGUAUGACAUAAUGAAUACUUGUUACCAUAAGCGACAUGGGUUGACAUUGAGAUUUUGUCACCUCCAUAGAAUACAUGAAGAACAAGAAGUGUCGUAGAUUCAGCGAAUCCAAAGCAGAGGACACAAACUUUCGGCAUCUAAAAGAAUCCCAUCUUGUGUGUUCCAAACUGGGAUCAGCUUCAGGUGUUGCAUUGCUUCAUACUGUUCCUUCAUACUGCAAGUGUUGAGGUAGAUCUCGCUGUACAAGAAAGGAAACACAGGUUUCAAGGUCGCUGAGUAGCAGUGUCUGCAAAUCUUGCAUCAAUCUUCACCGCCUACUCUCAAUGUUGCAAAUC